UAGGUUGCUAGGAAAGAAUACUAGGAAAGAGGGGAGCAACAGGAACAGGGAAUAGAGAGAGACAGAGAGAGCAAGGAGUGAAAGAAAAUGGAAGGAGAGCUAAAUCUAAUGGUUAAGUUGAUUUUGUCAAUUGUGUUGGGUGGAUUUGUGGGGUUGCUUUGUUUUCUUUACAAUGGCGUGUUGAUGAAGCCAAAAAAGCUGAGAUUGAAGCUUGAAAAUCAAGGAAUCAAAGGGCCAUGCCCUUCCCUUUUGUAUGGGAAUAUACAUGAAAUGAAAAGGAUCCAACUUGAAGCUCUGUCUGCUGCAAGCUCCACUCAGAAAGAUCACCAAGCUGCAAUUGCUCAUGACUGGUUUCCCAGUCUCUUUCCUUACUUGGACAAGUGGAGAAAUGAAUAUGGGUCUGUAUUCUUGUAUUCAACUGGAAACCUGCAGCUGCUCUGCACAACAGAUAUGGAAAUGGUGAAGGAAAUAGGCCUACACAAGUCUUUAAGCUUAGGGAAACCGUCCUAUCUAACUAAGGACCGGGGGCCUCUGCUGGGACAAGGCAUUCUAUCGUCAAGUGGCCCCAUUUGGGCCCACCAACGAAAAAUCAUUGCUCCUGAAUUCUUUCCUGACAGGGUUAAGGGCAUGGUGAACCUAAUGGUGGAUGCUACGACUUCAUUGCUAAAUACUUGGGAAAGUAGAGUUGAACAGGAGGGUGGCAUUUUAGAAAUUGUAGUUGAUGAGGAUUUGAGAAGCUUGUCUGCUGAUAUAAUCUCAAGAGCUUGUUUCGGCAGCAAUUACUCCAAAGGGGAAGAAAUAUUUUCCAAGCUAAAGGCACUCCAAAUGGCAAUGUCCAAGGCCAACAUUGGGAUUCCUGGCAUGAGGUACUUGCCAAGCAAACACAACAGAGAGAUAUGGAAAUUAGAGAAAGAGAUUGACUCUAUGAUAUUGAAGGUGGUAAAACAACGCAUCGAGGAGGGUAUCCAUGAGAAGGAUCUUUUACAAAUGAUACUCGAGGGUGCUAAAAGUUGUGAUGAUUAUAAGGGAUUAUCUGAGGAGAGGUUCAUAGUUGAUAAUUGCAAGAAUAUGUACUUUGCUGGUUAUGAAACCACUGCUACCACAGCUUCUUGGACCUUGAUGUUGUUAGCUACAAAUCCAGAUUGGGAGGCUCGCGUUCGUGCUGAGGUGCUUGAAACUUGUAAAGAUGGCCUUCCAGAUGCUGAUGCGCUUACAAACAUGAAGAUGCUCACUAUGGUAAUUCAAGAGACAUUACGCCUAUACCCGCCUGCAACUUUUGUGAUAAGACAAGCGCUAGAAGACAUUGAUUUCAAAGGCAUCAUAAUCCCAAAAGACAUGAACAUCCAAAUUCCUAUCCCAGCCUUACAACAAUCCCUGGAUCUGUGGGGUCCUGAUGCACACGAGUUUAAUCCAGAAAGAUUUGCUAAUGGAGUUGUUGAGGCUUGCAAGGUUCCACAGGCUUACAUGCCAUUUGGUGUUGGGGCUCGAAUAUGCGCAGGACAACACUUUGCCAUGACAGAACUGAAGGUGGCUCUAUCUCUACUUUUAUCAAGGUUCAGCUUCUCUGUGUCACCAGCAUACUGUCACUCCCCUGCAUUUAGGCUAGUUAUACAACCUGAACAUGGAAUCUGUCUCCAUGUAAAGAGAGUUUAAGAGACUAAAUUCAUGAAACAGGGUGAAUUCAUUGCAGCUGAUGAAGGAAAUCAAAAAACUAUAAUUGAGCUCAUUUUUCCCAUUUUUUGUCCCCUCCCUUCUGGUAGAGAGAGUGAUUGUUAUUUGUUGGUUAAUGCCUUUGCCCUGAACCUAAGCUUUGAUAAGUUGGCUAAUUAUUAAAUGACGUUGGCUUCCA